UCGUCUGAUGCUGUGACGUCAUAAGUCUGCGCCGCGACCCCUCGUCUGUUGUGAUUCGGUUCAUAGAUUCGGUUCAAGAAAGGUUUGUGUUUUUAAGCAUUUAACAUGUUUGAGUCGAAACAAAUCGUUCAGUCGAUUUAUAUAAUUAUUAGAGGCGAUCUGAAAUGAACAAUAUUAUUUUUUACAAAUGUAUGCUUAUCAAACACGAGUGAACGUUAUUUUUUCCUGGGUAAAGCGCUUCCACGCAUAAGUAACAGAAAAGGUGCUUCUAAUUUCGCGUCAUAUAUGGUCAAUCAGUUUAUCGUGAACACUAUUUCGGUUAAUGGAGAAAGUUACGAUGUGAUAAACGGAACUUUUUGAUACUCCGAGUCAAUUGAAUCAAAUGCUUCGCGUAUGAUUCAGUGAUUCGAAGAGCUCGAUUCACCGUACAUUGGCGAGGCUUCAAAGCCACUAGAAGGCAAGUCUACAACCAAAAAAGCUUAACGGCAACGCAGGAAAGGAGACAAGAUUAAUUCAUUUUUUAAUGUCAGUGGAGAAGAGGCUUUACUAAACAGUUUUUGUGAGGAAAUAGCUUGAUAUUUAACUUAUUGACUGUCUGCUAAUCUUCACCAUGUUUUACGCUCAACAAUAUUUUUGUUGGGAACGACAUGUAGAUUUUGCUAUGAUAAAAAGUAGGGACUAAGGAAUACAGCUGCAACUAGUCGACACUGAAAACAAUAGUGAUUUACACAAGGGGAAAAAAAAUACACUUUUUUUUUGCUCACAUUACUGUCGUGAAUGUUACUGUGACAAGCAAAGUGCGGCAUUUUAAAUAACACAUUAAAAUAAAACACUAGAGGAAAUUAUACUGAGGUACUCUUAAGUUUACCUCAGAUAUUUCUUUGAGUCAGUCGCGAGCUCAGAAAUGACCGCUUGAAAGCAAGCAAGGUGCAGCCUAAUUUUGAAAAAAAAAGAAAAGACAAGUUUUAUGUAUGUUUCGACAUGCCAAACUGGCAUCAUUCCACUGUUACCUUGCCUAACCAUAUCAAAGGUAACCUGGGCAUCAUGCAAUCUCUUUGAAUCGGGAAACAUCAAAUUCGCCAACCUUACAAUUAAAUUUCAUAUUUGAAAUCACCAAUGAAAUCUAACAACAUCCGGCUCAUAAAUUUAGUUUCUAAACGCUCGAAACAUGACAAAAAAAAAAACAAUUUUUCAGGCUGGAUCAAGCUAAUGCGCAUGCGCAGACCUAAAAUGUAUGUCUCUUUGGAUACGUGUGUCUGACUGUUUCUAUAGAAACCGGUGAUUCUAACGGCCACUGAAGUGACGCGAUGACUUUACCAGUUGGCGAUUGGCUCUUAUUUAGAAGGCGGGACUUAUUCCGCCAUAUUGCGCAUUACACUUUCUCCCAUUCAAAACAAUACGAGUGACACGUCUUGUGUUAUUCUAUAGUCUUUGACCAUAUUCAGGACAUGUAGGUGUGAUUGAUGCCAGCAAAUGCCCGUCACGUCAUUCACUUCAACUUUGAAAAAAAAAAAAAAAAAAUCCCAUUUACGAGACUACAGCAACAGACAUGUUCCCAUGGCAUUCUAAAAGUGGUAACGCAAGGCAAGCGUACUGCAUAUAUGACCUGUUUUAAGGGUCAUUAAUUAUGAGAUCUGAUUGUUUGAUUCAUUGUUUCAAAUGGAUCAUAUAUACGUACAAGUCUUUAGGGAUUUUCUUACUUUAGACUAGUCAAUUAGUUACAAAACAUCAACGUAAACGACUGUCAAAUUAGUCGAAGCGCACAUCUCUAAUAAAAAGGUAAUUUUACAAGAGAAGGCAGAAAAAGGAUUUGUCGUGACAAGUAGGACUCAUUCACGGCAUUAACAUAGUAUUUUAAUAUUAAUUUUGAGUGAUAUUGUAGAUUGCCUAAUAAAGUGUAAUAUACCAGUGUACCGACACGAAAGCACAUUUCACAAACAAUGCAGUCCUACUGUAUGUUUACUGGUGAUACAGCGCCAAAUAUGGAGCAUUUAUUCACAAGGCCAACCAACACACUGAUACACAAACUGAUUUAACGUAAACUGUAAUCGACUGUCAUAAAACUUUGAACGGCGCGCACUGACGUCACUGCCACAUGAUUGAAGUGCUUUACGUGAUCCUAAAGCUGCUAUGCUUUCUCCAAUGAAACAUGACACAGAAAAACUCCUGGUGAAGCGAUUGAGAUCCACGCGACACUAUUAUAAAGAUGGCGUUUAUUAAAGAGGAGAAUGAAGAAAUGAAGAUUGAAGAAACAUUCACUGUGAAACAAGAAGAUAUUGAGGACCAAACAGAUCUGAUAACGCUGAAAGAGGAGAGUCAAGAACUGAAUGAUGUAAAGGAAGAGAAACAUCAUGGUUUCAUAACUGGAGAAAAAUAUUUUAGUUGUUCACAGACUGAAAAAACGUCAACACCAAAAAGAGCUCAAAAGACGACAACUCACUCAGAAGAGGAUUGUUUAUGUGAUCAUUGUGGAAUGAGUUUUCCAGACUCAAAGGACCUUAAAAGACAUGUAAUAAUUCAUUCUGGAGAGAAACCUUUCAAAUGCCAGCAGUGUGAAAAGAGUUUCCGAUUCAAUAAAUACCUUAAGACUCACAUGAAUAUUCACACUGGAGAGAAGCCUUUCACGUGCCAUCAAUGUGGAAAGACUUUCUAUCAUGAAGUAAGUCUCAAGAAUCACAUGAGAAUUCACACCGGAGAGAAGCUAUUCACCUGCAAACUGUGUGGGAAGAGCUUCACACAACAAGGAAAUCUUAGACAUCAUAUGAGAAUUCACACUGGAGAGAAGCCUUUCACAUGCUCUCAAUGUGAAAAGAGUUUCUGUAAUAAAUCAAGUCUCAAGACUCACAUGAGAGUUCACACUGGAGAGAAGCCUUUCACGUGCUCUCAAUGUGGAAAGUGUUUCAAUCAUAAAGUAAGUCUCAAGAAUCACAUGAGAAUUCACACCGGAGAGAAGCCUUUCAUCUGCAAACUGUGUGGGAAGAGCUUUUCAGAACAAGGAAAUCUUAGACAUCAUAUGAGAAUUCACACUGGAGACAAGCCUUUCACAUGCUCUCAAUGUGGAAAGAGUUUCAAUCAUAAAGUAAGUCUCAAGAAUCACAUUAGAAUUCACACCGGAGAGAAACCAUUCACCUGCAAACUGUGUGGGAAGAGCUUCUCAGAACAAGGAAAUCUUAGACAUCAUAUGAGAAUUCACACUGGAGACAAGCCUUUCACAUGCUCUCAAUGUGGAAAGAGUUUCUGUAAUAAACCAAGUCUCAAGACUCACAUGAGAAUUCACACUGGAGAGAAGCCUUUCACAUGCUCUCAGUGUGGAAUGAAUUUUACAUAUAAGGAAUCUCUUGAAAUCCACAUGAGAAUUCACACUGGAGGGAAGCUGUUCACCUGCAAACUGUGUGGGAAGAGCUUCUCGCGAAAAAGAAAUCUUAUGACUCAUGUGAAACUUCACAAUGGAGAGAAGCCUUACAAGUGUCCUCAGUGUGAAGAGAGUUUCACAUAUCAUAGAGACCUGAAACAUCACUUGCAAACUCAUUCUGGAAAGACAUUGCAGUGUUCCUCAGUGUAACGAGAUUUAGAAAAAUUAGCAAUUUCAGAAAUCACUUGACCAUUUACGCUGAUUAAAGGCAAUUUAGUUAUGAUCAGUGUAAUUAAAAAAUUACAUCACGUGUACAAAUAACCCUGAAAAGUGCUUAUGCGAGACCCUAUUCGUUUUUCUGUAAAUACAUAUAAAAUGGUUCUGCAAUUUUAAACAGCACCAGAAAAUCUUUCUCUCUGUAAAAUUAAGGCUACACACUAUGGCUGAAUGUAGACAAAAUCUGUUUUUCUGCUCAAAUUUAUACUAUAACUGCCAUAUGUUUUAUUUGCAUCUUUUAUUUAUAUUUUAACAUUUUCUUUUCUUUUGUGAUUUACUAGGCAUUCCACAAUUCUCAAUAUAAUAUUGAAACAUACGGUCCAACAUCCACAGUUUAAUACAUUCUUGUGGAUUGAGUUUUUUUCGCACUCUCAGAAUUGGCUCUGCUUGUAUGUAGGGUGGCCAACUUCAGAAAAAUUUGAAGAAUUUAUCUUCCAGAAUCUUGCAGUAAGUUUUGGGAGUUUAUUUUUAGUCCAUCUCCUACCCUGAAGACCGUAUGAACUCCCAAAACUUACUGCCAGAUUUUCAUAAAUUCUUCAAACAAUGGUGCUGGUCCUUCAAGAGUCACUCUCAAUCUGUCUGUCUAUAAAGACUAUAAAAACAAAACAAAAAAAAA